CAUUUUGUGUGUGACCAGGUGUGAAUAUGCUCCUGAGGAAGAUUGCGGUGACAGCGGCCUCCAGCCCGGCAGUGGAAAUCACCCAGCAGGAUGACAGUCUGUCCAUCAAGACUUCCACCAGCGUCCGCACCACCCACGUCUCCUUCACCGUGGGCCAGUCCUUCAAUGAGGCCACAGUGGAUGGACGUCCCUGCACGAGUUUGCCUAAGUGGGAAACAGACAGCAAAAUAAGCUGUGAGCAGACUUUACAGAAAGGCGAUGGGCCCAAGACGUCGUGGACUCGAGAGGUAACCAACGAUGGAGAACUGAUACUGACAAUGACUGCAGGGGAUGUUGUCUGCACCAGAGUUUAUGAGAGGGAAUGAGGAAAUAUUUUCAAGACCAACAUGCAAUACUCCUGUUUUGUGCCUCAUGCAUGGUUUACAUUUACUCGCCUUGUUUUCUCCUUCAUUCUCUCAGCCAUUCUUAUGUUGAUCUCAAACAGUGCACUGUGUAGAAAAGGCUUCAGUUUACAUGAAUGUAUGUUGGCACAGUAGUUGCUUUUAUAACCCCUACAGCUGAACUGUUUCUGUAUCUUAUAUAAACGUCACACAUUCCUUUUCUGAAAGCUGUGUUUAAAUCCUUUUCAACAUGUUAAUAAACUGUUUUAUAGA